AAUUUCCACAUGAUGAUCAAUAUUUUCUUUAAUAGAAUGUUGAUCAGGUCAUACUUUACUUACUUUAAAGACGGCAUACAUAAAAGCCAAAACCAAAAUGACGAAUUUGCAAAAUGACAAAUAUAACAAGCUGGCGAGACAUUAACAUUGAAGCUUAAAGAUGGGAAAAACUCCAAAAAGGUAUGCAGUGGUUACUGGAUCAAACAAAGGAAUUGGAUUUGAGAUAGUGAAGCAGUUAGCUUCAUCUGGAAUCAAAGUCGCGCUUACCGCAAGAGAUGAGAAAAGAGGUCUUCAAGCAUUGGAAAAACUCAAAGCUUCUGGUUUAUCUGAUUUUGUUGUUUUUCAUCAACUAGAUGUGGCUGAUGCUUUAAGUGUAGCCUCUCUUGCACAUUUUGUCAAAUCCCAAUUUGGCAAACUUGAUAUUUUGGUUAACAAUGCAGGGAUUAUUGGAACUAUAAUAAAUGACAAAGAGUUAUUUAAUCUCGCUAUCAUCAACCGUGGCACAUUAUCAGCAGAUAAUAGGAGAAAGGCAUUGAUUCAAACAUACGAGUUAGCCGAAGAAUGCUUGCAAACAAAUUAUUAUGGAGCUAAAAUAACUGCUGAAUCACUUCUUCCCCUUCUCGAGUUAUCCGAUUCCCCGAGAAUUGUUAAUGUAUCAUCCAGUUUGGGGCAGUUACAGAGUAUACCAAAUGGAUGCGCAAAAAGUAUCUUCGGUGAUGGUGAUAAUCUAACAGAAGAGAAAGUGGAUAAAGUAUUGAAGAAAUUUCUGAGAGAAUUCAAAGAAGGUUCAUUAGAUGAAGACAAUGGCUGGCCUAAGACUUUGGGGGCAUAUAUCAUUUCUAAAGCUGCUAUGAAUGCUUAUACAAGAAUUCUUUCAAAGAAUUCUCCUGCUUUAUGCAUCAAUAGUGUUUGUCCUGGUUAUGUCGUAACCGAUAUAACUGCCAAUACCGGUUUGUUAUCGGUCGAAGAAGGUGCUGCUAGUGUUGUGAGGCUAGCACUGCUUCCUAAUGGUAGUCCGUCCGGCUUCUUCUUUUACCGGAGUGAAGUGUCUUCCUUUUGAUAGUGAUUCAUCAUAAAAUGAUACUGUACUAUUACUAUCACAAUACCAAAAGAACUAUUAAUAACUUUCCCACUUUAAA